GGCGUGCCGAACACGUGGCGUGAACAUUCUCGGUGUGCCCGCAGAGGAGUGUAAUGAUAUAUUUUGAAAAAAGCAGAAUGCCACAUCAAACACAGAAAGCUAAAAAUCAAAAACACAGAAGCUAUGACUAACUUAUAUGUCCACUCUCCCUUACUCAGGCGUCCCAAUUGCACAUGCUUUGAAUUUUCACAAAGACUUUUCAAUAUUCUCCAUGUCCACGCUGGCAGAGGAAAAAUUAAAAUAAAAAAAAAAAAGAGAAAAGGAAAAAUAAUAACAUGCAUCAGUAUUCAGUCCUGUCCCCCCUUUGUAAGGCGUGCCAAAUACGUGCCGUGAAUAUUUUCCGUGUGGGGACAGAGCAGUGUAAUUUGAUGAUAUAUUUAUUAUCAAAAACAACCCACAAUCCCAUCAAUCCAUCAUCCAUUCCAUUAUCAUUUCCAUUUCCAUUCCCCUGCUUUUUUGUUAGUUCUUGCAAGCCAUGCAUUUCUUCACAAUACCUCCUCCUGCUGCUGCUGCUCCUGCUUUUAUUAUUUUCUUUGGAUUUUUCAUCCUCCAUAAUAAUUCUAUAUUCUGCAAUGCUACCCCUUCUAAUUUCAGUUGCAUCCCAAGCGAGAGACAAGCGCUUCUCAGCUUCAAGCAUGAUCUCCAUGAUCCUGCCCUCCGCUUGGCCUCCUGGGUUGGUCAUGACUGUUGCAAUUGGUCUGGCGUUGUCUGCUCCGAGCUCACUCCUCAUCAUGUUCACAAGCUCCUUCUUGGUGAUCCUGACGAUCAGUUUUAUCAGAAGCGGUUGAGUGGUGAGAUAAACCCUUCUUUGGUGGAUUUGAAGCAUCUACGACACUUGGAUCUAAGCGUCAGUCUUAUUGGGGGCGCUCGAAUUCCAGAAUUCCUUGGAUCUUUACGGAGUUUAAGAUAUCUUAAUCUCUCUUAUACUAUAUUCAGUGGAAUGAUUCCUCAUCAACUUGGUAAUCUCACAAAUUUACACUCUCUUGAUCUUCACUCUAUUUACGGAGAAUUCAUUGGCACUUACAGCAGUCCAUAUGCUAAGAAUCUUCAAUGGCUUUCUCAACUUUCUUCGUUGCGGUACCUUGACAUGAGUUCCAUUGACCUUGAAGAAGCAUCUGAUUGGUUGGAGGUAACAAAUUCACUCCCUUCUUUGGAAGUCCUGCGCUUAAGCUACUGCAAUUUGAACUUCAUUUUUCGUGCAAUAUCUCAUGUCAAUUUUUCAUCUCUAUCCCUUCUUGAUCUUUCGAGAAACUAUUUAGGGAACAAUAUUCCACUAUGGGUUUUCAAUUUGAGAAGUUUGACUUCUCUCUAUCUAAGUGGGAUUGCAAAUGGUGCUUCUAUCCCUGAUGGUAUUCAAAACUUAACUUUCCUUGUGCACCUUGAUCUUUCUGAUAACUCUUUGAAUACCUCAAUGCCCAGCUGGUUAUAUAGUUUAAGCCAUUUGGAGGUUCUCAACCUUGCUGGUAAUCAAUUGACAGGUACAAUAUCAAGUGAAAUAAAAAAUAUGACAUCUAUCAUUACACUUGACCUGUCAGGGAAUGAGCUACAAGGAGACUUGCCAACAUCAUCCAUGGCUCAACUUUGCAAAUUAAAAGAAAUUGAGCUGUCCGUCAACCCAUGGAAUCUACCCAUAUCCCAAAUCCUAGAUAGUUGUUCAGGAUGUCUUUCUGAUAGCCUACAGGUCCUAAAUAUCAGGGGUGGUCAAAUAUAUGGUCAUAUAACCAAUAAAAUUGGGCAGUUCAAAACUCUGACCUCUCUUGAUCUAUUUAAUAAUUCAAUUUCUGGUCCAAUUCCAGCAUCAUUGGGAAAUCUUUCCUCUCUGACCCAUCUUGAGCUAUCUUCUAAUUCAAUUUCUGGUCCAAUUCUAGCAUCAUUGGGAAAUAUUUCCUCUCUGACCCAUCUUGAGCUAUCUUCUAAUUCAAUUUCUGGUCCAAUUCCAGCAUCAUUGGGAAAUCUUUCCUCUUUGAGAGUUGUGUUCCUUGGUUAUAAUCACAUUAGUGAAACUCUCCCUGAAUCUUUGGGGCAGCUUGUUAAUUUGGAACAUUUAGAAAUUUACAAGAAUCAGAUAGAAGGCAUCGUUUCGGAGGCUCACUUUGCUAAUACAACGAGUCUCAGAUCUUUUUCUGCAUGGGAUAACCGAUUAGCUUUGAAAGUAGGUCAGGAUUGGGUUCCUCCUUUUCAACUUGAAUCAUUAGAUAUGGGCUCCUGCCAUUUGGGCCCACGAUUUCCAAUGUGGGUACGGUCACAAAAGACCCUUUUUUCUUUGGUUUUAUCCAACACAAGUCUUGCAGAUGUUCUUCCCGCUUGGAUUUUCAACUUUUCAGAAUUACAAUACUUAGAUCUUUCUCAAAAUCAAAUGCAUGGAAGGAUUCCCAAUCUGACGAAUAUGGGGAUGCUAGAGUACUCAGCAAUCGACCUGAGCCAAAACCACUUCGAGGGGCCCUUGCCUUUGGUAUCUUCCAAGGUGUAUGAACUAGAUCUUUCUGAUAAUCUACUUUCAGGAUCCAUUUCACAAUUCUUGUGUAGCUCACCAAGUGAGCCAAUGAAUAUGGCAGCUCUUGAUCUUGCCAAAAAUCGGUUGUCAGGAAAAUUACCCAACUGUUGGAGCAAAUGGAAAAAUAUACAGCUCUUAUAUUUAAAUUACAAUAGCUUUGGUGGUGGUAUUCCUUCAUCCUUCGGUUCGUUGAUUUUUCUUCAAUCAUUGCAUCUCCGUAGGAACAACCUAUUUGGAAUAUUUUCUCUUUUUUCUUUACAGAAUUGUAUUAAUUUAGUUACUCUGGAUCUUAAUCAGAAUAAAUUUGAGGGAAACAUUCCUACUUGGCUUGAAACAAGUCCUCCAAAGUUGAGGAUUCUCAGUGCUGGCUUCAAUAAGUUCCAUGGUCAUAUACCUAAGGAACUUUGUGCUCUCAAUUCCCUUCAAAUCUUGGAUCUUUCAAACAACAAUCUGUCCGGCCCAAUACCACAAUGUUUUAACAAUUUCUCUAUUAUGGCAAUAAAAGUGGCUGAUUCUCCUGGCUUUUGGUACAAUGUGUCUAGGCAUAGUAGCACUUCUUACGUAGAGGCUGCAUUACUCCUGAUUAAAGGCAAGCCGAUUGAAUACAAUAAGACACUAGCACUUGUAAAUAUCAUGGACUUGUCUGGUAACUCUUUGUCAGGACACAUUCCUUUAGAAAUUACAAAUCUCUCAAAUCUGCUCUCAUUGAAUUUGUCAAACAACCUUUUAGAUGGAGAGAUUCCAGUGAAAAUAGGUAAUAUGCGAGAACUGGAGUCCAUUGAUUUUUCUAAGAACAAACUUUCUGGUGAAAUCCCUCAAAGUAUGUCGAGUUUGAAUUUCUUGAGCUAUUUGAAUUUGUCCUACAACAACCUCAGUGGAAAAAUCCCAACAGGCACUCAACUCCAAAGCUUCAAUUCAUCCAGCUUUGUCGGCAACAAACUAUGUGGUCCUCCACUCACUCCGAACUGCAGCACAAAUGGUGAAGUCACUGUUGUUGAAAAGAAUAGAAAAGAAGACGACCAUGAAAUGUCAUGGUUUUACAUUGGCAUGGCUGUUGGAUUCAUUGUAGGUUUUUGGGGAUUUUGUGGUUCCCUUAUUUUCAAUCGGACAUGGAGACAUAGUUAUUUCAUGUUUCUCGACUGCAUCAAAGACCAGAUCUAUGUGGCUUCAGUCCUAAAGCUGAGAUGGUUCCGUGAAAUGAUAACAAGUUGUUACAACAAUCAAUGAAUUGUGUCAUCUUCUAUAAGGUAUAUACGUUUCAAAUGGAAGGUGUCCCUUGGUCCGGAUAGAGCACUUGGAGUAAAUUUAUGAUAUUAUUGGAUUUCGUAGUUUUUUACGAGCAGUUGACUCUAGUAAUUUAGACUUUUUUUUUUUUUUUUGGGUUCCGUUUUUGCUUCUAUGUACUUUAAAAGUGUGUUUUUUUUUUUUUUUUUUUUGGAUUCCGUUUUUGCUUCUAUGUACUUUAAAAGUGUGUUUGAAUCAAAUUCUGAUGUUUGGCAAAUACUAAGUUUUUGUAUUAAGUAAGGAAACUAUAAUUUUAUAAAUGUAAGGCAUUUACUUCAAAUCGAAUAGGACAAUGCUAUAAAAUUUUUACUAUUUUUUAAUUUUUUUAUCAGCUUUAAACUUGUGACGGUAACUUUGUUUUAAUUCCUUCAACUUUAGAAUAUUAAUAUUAAUAUGGAUUUAUAGCUAUACAUGAUAUAUAUAUGUAUAUAUAUAUAUU